AUGCGAGCGUAUCUUUACCUCCUUUGCCCUUCGCUGCUUGAAGCAUGGAGACUCGCAUGCGUGGUGAAACUUGGAAAUUCGACGGCUGAUCUCCAUGGCUUCCAUUCGAUCUACCGGACCUGGGGUAGUCACUGCGAAUGGUUGGUUGCUGUCAUACCAUCUGGAGCCAGGGCAACAUUUUGGACAACGGUGGGACAAGGCUCCUUUCAGGUGAUCCAACUUGUUGAUCCACCUAGUGAUGCACGUGACUUGCUGCAGCUCACCCGCCUGACCAUUGACACCAUUUCAGGAGGCUUGGCGGACUUGGUUUGCGCUUUGGCGAGGCCUUGGAUGUUCCUGGUGCCGCAGAACUUGAUUGCAUUCUUGAGUGAUCAGCAGACGGCCAGCGGAGAGCUAGGCCAUUGGUCAAUACCUUGCGGUAAGACGCUCUUUUGCCAGACGGGCCUGCCACAAGUGUCACAAGUGUCAAUGCGCGCGUGGCCACUCUUCCCUGCGAUGUGUGGAAGACGCCUCGAGGAGGCCUGCGGUCAGAACCUGAGCCAACCAGUAGCUCUUCAUGCAUCCAGCACAAGGCAGCUUUCAGAACUGCAUGCUUUCUUUUAUCAUGCCUGGCCACUCAAAGCAAAUUGUCAAUUGCGCUUGGCAUCUUCUGCCCGGCCUCCUCUACCUCGAGUAGCCGUCCUCAUCGGGUCCCUCCUACGUGGGCUUCACAAGUCUGGUCAGAUGCUUCGAAGAUUGUUCAAGGAUCGAAGAAUUCGAUACCACAUUUUCAUGUAUUCUUCACCACCUUUGGCAUGGGGCAACAACCUUGGAUGUGCUCGACUUCUGGAUGACUUGGUCCACCAACUGCCUCGUCACCAGAUCACUUGGAGAUAUGCCACACGAAGCGAGAAUCUCCAAGAGGAAGCAUUUGCGAAGAGAGUCAACUCAAGGCACAUGAGACAGUGGUUCAAACUAGAGCAAGCAUAUGAGAUGAUGGAGGCCUAUGAGCAAGAACAGAAUAGAGAUUUUGACUUGGUCUUGAAAUUGAGGACAGAUAUGUUUCUGCCGGCACCUCUCGAUCUUGCAGAUUUUCCGGAGAUCCUGACUUCCAGAACUGUGUACAGUUUCACUGACAUUGCCUUCAUGUCACGCCGAGAUGUAGCAAGAAGCCUGCUGAAAAGUGUGACUGAGAAGCUGUCUCAGUAUGCAGGCAACCAGCGAGCGCUUUUCCCGCUGGACUUUGAACGACUGCUUCGAAAUGGCUGGGUCGAAGGCUUCAGGUUGCAGACCUUCCCGGACAUCGGUUCACCGGAGCUCCGUGCAGCAAUCGCUUCCGGCCAUCCCAACAAAUGUAUGGCUUUGCUGCGGCACUACCGCAGAGAGCUUGAGAAUGCGGGCGACGUGCCGAGCUUCUCCGGACACUGGAGGUUUAGACCCGAGACCCCGGAGUAUCAAGCCUGGGAGCGCGAUGGGAAGCUGGCACCUGAUACCCAGAUGUGCUCGGUUACUCGCUGGUUCUAUCUCAUCCACAGGACUUUACCAGAGGUACAGGUGCGACGGUGGCCAAAUCACGGUGGAGGGAUGAUGGGUCUCUUCCCAGAACGAUUCACUUGGCAUUGCAAUUGUGAGCCGCCCGGCUGCUGGCCCUUAGCCUGGGGACAAGCGCCUCUUGAACUCAUUCGCGGAGUUGACUGGAUUCAGCACCCCGACACCGGUGCUUGGAUUGCUUUGGGCUCAACCGAUGCCAACGCCUCGAAGGACUGA